AUGACUGGAUUCGAUGACGAGGAUUCCUCUGGAAAUAAGGAGAAUGAUGAUAUCGUUCUGAAAGUGAAAGAAGAGAAGUUCGAAGUGGAUAAGAAGUUUCUUGCCGAAAACUCUACCUAUUUCAACAAUCUAUUCUUCAAAAGUUCCGAUGAAUCUGGAAAAACUGAAAUCGAACUCGAAGACGCCGAUCCACAAGAAUUCAAGAACUUUCUCAAGGUUCUCCAUGAAGAGGAGCCUAUCGAUGAUGAAACGGUUGAAGAAAUUCUGAAGUUGGCAGACAAGUACGACUCUAAAAAUGCUUUGAAAAGAUGCGAGGAAUUCCUCAUCGAUAAAUCCGCGAAGCCGCUGAAAAUGAAAUUCAAUGCAGCGAUCCAAUACAAGCUGAAUAAACUCAAGAAAAAAUGCAUGUCAAACAUGGAAUCGAAAGAAGAUAUUCAAGAGAUCGCUGAAGAAGACGCUCGUCAUUUCAAUGCUUCGGUUUGGAAGGAGCUGCUUCAGAAGGCUCUUUCUUUGGAUUAA